UCUCUCAGUUUCUCAUCUCAUCUCAAAAUCUCAACAUCAAAAGAAGAAGAAGAAGAAGAAGAAAAUAAAGAAGGCAGCUGAUGGGUAACUAUCGGUUCAAGCUAUCGGAGUUAAUCCCUAACGCAUGGUUUUACAAACUGAGAGACAUGGGAAAGUCAAAGAAACAGCAGAGGCAACGAAACAGCACCAAUAAACACCACUUCUCUGUUCCUCCUACUCCUACGACCACCACAACGGCACGCAGUCCUAGGCCUCCUACUAGACGCUCUCCCAAAACACCACCCUCCCGACAGCCCGCCGGGAACCGUCUUCGUCACCGAGCCACCGUCGACUCUAAAUCCUCCACGACUUCCGGUGACAGCACUGCCACCGGAACCGGUUCUUUCUCACCGGAGUUUCGCACAGAUCAAGUUCUCCUCCCCGACGAGUCUCUAGACGACAGCUCCUGGUUAUCCAGAGCCCCAACCUUUACGCCGCCUCCGGAGCUCGAACUUCGGCCGAUCAUUACCAAACGGGCAACCACCGCACGGAAGACGGCGGUGAGUUCUCCGGCGGGGGUGAGACUUAGACUACGGUCGCCGCGGGUCUCGACGAGGAAAUCAGUAUCGGUGAGCAGCAGCGCAAGAAGAAGCGGGUCGUCGGCGAGGCGGAGCAGGGCGGUGGUGAAGGCGUCGGUGGAUCCGAGGAAAGACUUUAAGGAAUCAAUGGAGGAGAUGAUAGAAGAGAACAAGAUAAGAGCGUCAAAGGAUCUAGAAGAGCUUUUGGCUUGCUAUCUCUGUCUCAAUUCAAACGAGUAUCACCCUGUUAUCAUCAAUGUCUUUAAGCAAAUCUGGCUUGAUCUUAAUCUUCCACCUUAAAUUAUUCCACAAUUUAUUAUAUUUUUUUCUUCCCCUUAAUUAGUAAUCUCUCUCUCUCUCUCUCUCUGCUGAAUAAGAUGCAUGUAAAUACUAUAUAUAUAUAUAUAUAUAGUAUGAUUAUUCUUGUACUGACUAUUUUAGAUGCAUGGUCGUCUAGAUUAGCAUAUGAGGACUUUGAUUAAUUUCCUUGUACUUGUAUAAUUUUAACGGCCAUUCCUUGAAUUAUACGUACUCA